AUGCGUGACGUGGUGGUGCUGGAGAAGACCAUGGAGAGUCCGCGGCUGCUCGGAGGACAGCCCGCUCUGGCUCUGAAGAAGGACGGCCAGUGCGCUCCUCAGAGGCGAGGACGGCCUUCUGCUGCGGGGUACCGGGAGUCGGUGUCGCGGAGCCACCAAGCACGUGGACCACCAUGCGUGCCCCCAAAGCGAGCUGCGAGGGAGCAGGGGAACCGCCCCCCGAACUCCGUGGCCCGCCUUCGGAAGCGCUUUCCAGUGCGCUUUAAGAGCUUAACAAUAGAAAUCUCGGCGGAGGCCAAGCCAAGUCCUUUCAAGUCGCCGCCAGAGGCGGCGAGCUGGGCGCCCGGCCCCGUGGCCGUCCCCGCGUCCCAUUCGGUGCAGGCCCGGGGCCAGCCGUACCCCUACUCCGAGGCCCCCCAUGGGUCCGGGCCCCCGUCUGCGUCGCCACCCGCGGUCUGCGAGGAGCAGAAAUGCGAAGAGGAAGUGUUCCCGCUAGCCGUGAACUAUCUGGACCGCUUCCUGUCGCUGGAGCCCGUGAAGAAGAGUCGCCUGCAGCUGCUGGGGGCCACCUGCAUGUUCGUGGCCUCCAAAAUGAAGGAGACCAUCCCCCUGACCGCUGAGAAGCUGUGUAUCUACACGGACAACUCCAUCCGGCCCGAUGAGCUGCUGCAAAUGGAGCUGGUGCUGGUGAACAAGCUCAAGUGGAACCUGGCGGCCAUGACCCCCCACGACUUCAUCCAGCAUUUCCUCCUCAAGAUGCCCCUGGCGCCCGAGAACAAGCAAAUUGUGCGCAAACAUGCGCAGACCUUCGUGGCCCUCUGUGCCACAGACAUGAAGUUCAUUUCAAACCCGCCCUCCAUGGUGGCGGCCGGGAGCGUGGUGGCCGCGGUGCAGGGUCUGCACCUGGGCAGUGCCAGCAGCCUCCUGUCCUACCAUGGCCUCACUCACUUCCUGUCUAAAGUCAUCAAGUGCGAUCCGGACUGCCUCCGGGCCUGCCAGGAGCAGAUCGAAUCCCUGCUGGAGUCCAGCCUGCGUCAGGCCCAGCAGCAGGGGAUGGACCCCAAGGUUUCGGAAGAGGAGGAGGAAGAGGAGGAGGAGGUGGACCUGUCCUGCACCCCCACCGACGUGCGAGAUGUGAACAUUUGAGGGCGCAGGGCGGCCCCCACCCACUGCCACCCCGGGGACAGGCUGGGCAGCGGCCAGCACCCCACCAGGGACAAGGCACCGUGCUCCCUGACGGCACGGCGCCUUCCAGAACAUUCCGCUGCCUGAAGGAAACUGCCGUGUCUCUCUCUCUCUUUUUUUUAAGUCGAGCCCCCGCCCCCAGCCUUAUGGUUUUUCUCCUUGCCUCUAUGACCUACUUACGACAAAGGAGAAAAAAUAUAUAUAUAUAUAUCUCCCCCACCACUGCCUUUGAAAAAGAGAGAGAGAGAAAAAGAGAGGGCGGGAGGGGGGGUGGGGAGAACGUAGUUAUUUGCAUAACCCUGCUUCGGGGGAGGGGGUUUGUGUACCCAGGAUAGAUUUUACACCCCAGUAAUCAACUAGUUUUUAUAUUCAUGGGUUUGUGCGUCUGCGUUAUAAGAAUAGGCAUUAAUAACACACCGGAAUUGUAUACGGGGAGGGUGAAGUUAGAUUCUUCACGUGUUGAAAAAAAUAAAAAGACAAAUGGG